CUCCCCUGAGCAGAGGGCGAAUCUAAUGGGAGAGAAAGGAGCGCUCAGCAGAGUCCUUGGGCUACUUCCAGUGAUCCUUUCUGUCCUCCAGUAACAGCAGCACAUGCAGACAAGAAACCUGGCGGCUCUCCACAGGGUGCCUGAGACCUACAAGAAGAUGAGUGCAACUGCAGAAGGAGAUAAGUGAGGCUGUUGUCCUAUAAUCUGGGGACAAAGAAAAGGUUACUCACUACUCAAAAGGAAGUUUUGGGUGAGGUCUCUCAACUGCCACUCUUGUGCCCUGCCAUCCUGUGUAGCUCUGCAUCCUCUACAAUCCUGGGCUAACAGAACACCGAGGGCCAGCCAAGCUGCACAUGCCAAAAGAAGUCAGAUAUGGCCACAGAACAAACUGAACGCAACCUAAAUGCUACCCUCCACCUCAACUUUGCUGCAAUCUACAACAUCCAUGAUGGGGAUUUCACCUCUUUGCGAAACUUCUCUUUCCCUUUCAAUUUCACUUACAGCGAUUAUGACCUGCCACUGGAUGGUGAAGAUGACAUGACCAAAAGCCGCACCUUCUUCACAGCCAAGAUUGUGAUUGGGGUUGCUCUGGUUGGCAUCAUGGUGGUCUGUGGCAUUGGCAAUUUCAUCUUCAUUGCUGCUCUCGCCCGCUACAAGAAGCUGCGAAACCUCACCAACCUGCUGAUUGCCAACCUGGCCAUCUCAGACUUCAUCGUGGCUAUCGUGUGCUGCCCCUUUGAGAUGGACUACUACGUGGUGCAGCAGCUGUCUUGGGAGCAUGGUCAUGUCCUCUGUGCCUCAGUCAACUACCUACGAACUGCCUCUCUCUAUGUUUCAACCAAUGCUCUCCUGGCUAUAGCUGUUGACAGGUAUCUGGCCAUUGUUCACCCUCUGAAACCACGCAUGAAUUAUCAAACAGCAACCUUCCUCAUUGCCUUGGUCUGGGUUGUCUCCAUACUUGUAGCUAUUCCAUCUGCAUACUUUGCUACUGAAACUGUGUUGUUCAUAGUGAAAAAUCAGAAGAAAUUUUUCUGUGGCCAAAUUUGGCCAAUUGACCAGCAGAUAUACUAUAAGUCAUACUUUCUCUUCAUCUUUGGCAUUGAAUUUGUAGCACCUGUGAUUACAAUGACCUUGUGUUAUGCCAGGAUCUCUCAGGAGCUUUGGUUUAAAACUGUCCCAGGAUUCCAGACAGAACAAAUCAGAAAGAGGCUUCAGUGCAGAAGGAAAACUGUUAUGGUACUAAUAUGCAUCCUGACUGCCUAUGUUCUCUGCUGGGCACCUUUCUAUGGCUUCACAAUUGUCCGGGACUUCUUCCCCACCCUCUUGGUGAAAGAGAAACACUAUCUUACUGCCUUUUACAUAGUUAGGUGCAUUGCCAUGAGUAACAGCAUGAUAAACACCAUGUGUUUCAUAACUGUGAAAAACAACACCAUGAAGUACUUCAAGAAGAUUAUGCUGCUCAGAUGGAGGUCAGCGUAUAAGGGAAGCAAAUCUAGCACAGAUUUGGACCUGAGAACAAGUGCAAUGCCAAUCACAGAGGAAGUAGACUGCAUAAAACUACAAUAAAUUUUCUGAGGUUCUAAUCUCAGCUCUUUUAGAGGGGGUAAAGAGGAAGUAAUACCUUCUCAGAAACUUCUUCCUUGUUUGCGGGAAUACACACCACAGGUGAGAGCCCUCAAGGAAGCAGCCUACUUUGCAUUCGCACCAGAACUGUUCUCACUGGGCUGCCGGAUAAUCCUUAAGCUUGAACAGAUGCUGUACUUCAGUUCACAUAUCUGUCAAUUUGGGAUGUAGACACUCAUUUUAGAGUUGUUUAAUAAAAACAAAGAAGUCUAUGAGUGGAUUAGAGCAUAUUACAAUGAUGGAAAAUUUGAGUGCUGAUCCUAGCAGUGAUGCUUCUUUGUUUCUUAGGAGAAACCACUUAAUCCCUUCGAGCUUAUGACUUGUACAUUUAAGCUAUUUGGUAUCCUUUUCUUUCUGCUCAGAAGAGAAAGGAGCCAAAAAAGCCCAUUUUGCUUCCUGUCACUCUUCAACCUCUCAGUUUACCCCUCCUGAUGAAGCUUCUUGAAAUCUACAGACCACCAGCUUUCUACUGUCAUUGGACGACAUGCAUAGCAUGCUCUUAUGAAAGGCACAUGCUCUGAAAGCUAAAAUCUGCUUCCCAGGCAAGUGAAAACCUCAAUUCUCUUUCUGUUACACCUUGUUUAAGAAUGCUUUAUCAAUAUUCCACUCUUUAGUUUUAUGGAGAGUGUCACUCUGUCUGUUACGUACUUGAAAAUGCCACAGAUACAUAUGAAAAGGAUCUCUUUCCUAAUCU